CCAUCUCUCUUCUCUCCUUGUACUUUUUUGUCGGAACGGAAGAAAUUUCGGGGGGAUUAGCUCCCCCUGUUUACAGGCCUGUGGACAAGUUUUAAGAUUUCUUUUUCAAAAGUAUCAGACUAAACUUUUUCAUUUUUGUUCGAUUAACGGGUUUCGAACAUUUUUUAUUUAGUUUUAUUUCAUGUCACUUUUUUAUGUCGUUAGGGCUACUACUACUAUGCAGUUUUAUACGCUUAGGGUUUAUGUUAUAACUUUGUUCUUCAUCCAGAUUUUUGUUCAAGUUUUCCUGUUAUAAAUAUUCAUUACAGAGCAACAGGCUGAGUGUUAGAAAGUGUAACAGUCCUUAGAGCUGAAUGUUUACUAAGAAGAGCCACUGAAAAAAAAAAAAACUUUUGGAACAUUACAGCUACUUUUAUUACUAAGUACAAAAUGGCUGAAAACGAUAGGAAUGGUAGUGAUGAUAUUUGUCGUGAUUUUCUACGCAAUGUGUGCAGACGCGGGUCAAACUGCAAAUACAGGCACCCAGAACCGACAACAGAAACUGAGGAAAAAGGAAGCGAGGAUAUUAAAUUCUGUCGUGAUUUCCAAAAUAGGGGCUGUCGACGAGCAAACUGUAAGUUCAUGCAUUGUACCAAGAGGGAAGAAGAAUAUUACCUGAGUACGGGAAAACUCCCGAGACUUGUACAGAAUGCUUUGAGAGAUGAUAAAAGUGAGGUUCCAGUUUGCAAAGAUUUUUUGAGGGGCUUUUGUAAACGAGGAAUUUACUGUAAGUUCCGACACUUAACGCCUGGGGAAUAUAGUAUGGAAAUGUGUGGAGAGGGUGGGGCACCCAUUAUGGGGGAGCCUGACAAUUUUGAAUUUGAAUUUCAGCCAAAACUUAAACGACCAGCCUUUGAUGAUGGUUUUGGACCAGUGGGAUCAGGGGUGUUGUUGCCUACUCCUGGUCCUGAUCGAAUGUCUUCUUCCAUGUCUGAUGUGCAUAUAUUGGAAGAGGAGAACAUUAUUCUCCGGAGUAAAGUAGAGGAACUGAAAAAACAAGUUACAGAAUUAACCUCAACUGUUGAGUGCCUGCUAGAACAAAAUGCACAGUUACGCGCAAACAAACUGUCAUAUCUUGAACCAUCUCCUAAUUUUCGCACUUCAUUUCCAGAUGGUGGGCAAACACAGUAACUUCUACACACGAAACCAACUUGACAUAUUGAAUAUGUUGUCAUUUUCAUCAUGAUGUUUUAUAGCAAGUUGUGUGACUGCUACUGUUUCUACAGCCAUUGAUUUUUUAAAUAAACUCGAUCACCAUUUGCAUUAAAUGCUUAUUUCUGUUGUUUUCAGUUGAUUUCUGUAUUACAGUGUUUCUCUUUUAUUAAACAUUCAACAUUUACUACCUUAUCUUGACAGUUUGCUAACAAAAGGAUGUUAUAUUUUAGUUGUUUCUGGUGAAUAAAACUGAUGUGUACAUCUUUUUGUUAUUGUGUUCUUAAUUAGUAUUACAGAAAUAUAUGCAAUUUGUCUGUGCUAGUACAUUAGAUUUUUAUAAGCAAAUAACAGACUCAUGAGAAGUCAAGUUAUGAAAUCCACAUAGUUGUGCACUAAACCUUUAAAUUAGCACAUAAAUAAGUCAUCAAGUUAAUUUCAAAUAUAGAUUUUAACUAAAGUGGAAAGUUAUACAAAUUCCUUUGACUGUUACUGAUCUAGUAAAUGUUUACAUUAGUAACUUUGAUCUUCAUUUGUAAACACAUUCAUGUAGCUGUUACUGAAUAGAGUAUUUGGUCUAUAACUUGUCUGUUUACUUGAUGGACAGUCUGUGUUGUGACAUUAUUUCAAAAAUAACAAUUAAUGCUUUUUUUGUGUAUAGGUUCCAUUUGUGUUAUUAAAUGUUCAAGUUUUAUCCCUUUGUAAAUGCAGCUGUAUCACUGUCAAUAAACUUUCUAAUCCUGUUU